AUCGCCAUUACUGUAAAACUAACCUAGCAAGAAAGGAAGGUAGCAGGAACUGAACCAGGUUAAUAGGAAGAAUAACUAACAAGGUCGGAGAAAAUAAAAACACGAAUAAAAUAAAAAACAACUACUGGGCCUUUAGUCAAAAGCCAGAAUCCAAAAAGAUUCUCGAUAAUGGCCAAAUUAAACGGACAGAAGAGCUCUUUCGUUUCAUCAAAGGGGAAAGAUGUGGCGAUUAAGAACCCCUUCGAGUUGCAUAUGAACAAGAAUAAGCAAGGAACUUUGGGGCGUAAGAACAGUACGGUUAUGGGAGCACCAGGUGUUGCUCGGUCUCGGGCUGCAAACAGGCGUAAACAUACUCUUUUGCAAGAGUAUAAAAUCAAAAACAAGGAUAAUAUAAUCCUAGACAAACGCAUCGGUGAGGUAAAUUCAAAGAUGAGUGAAGAAGACAAAGUGAUGGCUCGAUUUGCUGCGGAACGAAUUAAAGCAUAUGAGAAGAAGAGUAUUUUCAAUUUGAACGAUGAGGAGAUGUUGACUCAUGGUGGACGGACGUUAGCCGAAAUUGAGAAAUUUGAGGAUCCAAGAAGUGACAACAGCGACGAUGAAAAUGAUACAGGGAAAUUAAAUACGAGUUUCGUGGAGGAGGCACAUUUCGGAGGAGGUGUAUUAUCGAAAUCAUCAUCGAUGCAUAGAAAAGACAUCAUAGAACAAUUAAUUGCAGAGUCUAAGAAGCGAAAAGCGGAGAGGCAAAAACUGCGAGAUCAGACCAUUGGUUUAACUGAAAAAUUGGAUUCUGAAUGGGUUGAUCUUCUCCCUAUUGUUUCACUGUCUAAGAAACAACCUAAUUCAGAAGAGUCGAAAGAAAAUUCAGCACCAGAUAGUUACGAUAUUGCAAUGCGACAAUUAAAAUAUGAUGCUUUUAGACCACAGAAUUCAGAUAAUUCAAAAACUCAGGAUAGAAAUACUCUAAGAUCUGAUGAGUCAUUAAAUGAAGGUAAUGAGUUAAAGAUACAAGAUUCUGAGUCCGUAAAUACACAUAUCGAAUUAAAGUCUCAUGAAGCCAAAUCAAAUAAUUAUUCAAAAUCAGCCGAUGAUCUAUUCGAUGAUUUUGAAAUUGAAGAAAUAGAAGAUGAGGGUUCCGCUUCAGAUGAUAGUUCUCAAUCAUCCGAAGAUGAAAAUUCGCAAGAUAAAUCUGGAAUCAAAAGGAAACUUGAAUCUCAAGAAAAUACGGGCAGUCAAAAGAAAUUAUGUUUGGAUGAUAAAACAAAAAAUAAGGCACAACAAGAUGUACAGAUUACAAAAAUGGAAACGACGUAUCCAAAUGACUCUCUACUUUGUAGUAAUGUAAAGAGUUUUAAUAAAAGUAUAGAUAAUAGUGAAUUAUCAAGCAAAAUCGAAAGAGAGUCUCUAAGCGAAGCCAGAAUUAAAACUGCCAUGCCCUACACUUGGGAAGAAUUACAAGAAAUGUUACAAAAUGAUUGCCCCGAGCAAUCCUCCGAUGUUUUGGAUAGAAUUAUUGCAUCGAUAAAUCGGUUAUUAGAAGAAAAAAAUAAAAAGAAUUUAGCCACCUUGUUUGAACAUUUGGUUCAAUAUUUGAGCAACUGCUUCCAUAUAGAAGAAGCAAAUAAUAUCGUUCAAAGCUUUGAAACUUUUAACAGGUUAUGCCCUUUCAUAUAUGAUGUUGCAAAGAUUAAUCCAAAAAGUGCAGUCAAUCAUUUGCGGAAAGACAUAGCACAUAAAUAUGUAACAUUUACGGUAAAGAAGAAAUUAUAUCCUCCUUUAGAAACGAUAAUUCUCUUUAAAUUAAUAUUUUUACUAUUUCCAAUUAAGACUUCUAAAGUUAGACAUUCAGUAAUUACACCAGGCAUAAUGUUCAUGUCAGACAUAUUAUUAAAGGGUCGUGUUAGAAGCAAGAUGGACAUUUCUAAAGGCUUGUUUCUGUCGACUCUACUUCUAGAAUACGCUUCACUUAGUAAAAGAUAUGUCCCGGAAGCAAUCAAUUUCUUGAGUUCCAUAAUUUACAUGGCUAUACCCAAAGAAAUCUUAAAAAGCAAAACACUGUCGUUAGCUUUCAAACGUUCCUGUGUUACGAAUGAUUUUCUGGUCAUUGAAAGCGAUCAGAGUAACGCAGCAACCGAUCCAGAAACAGUUAAGAUGACUGCAAAAGAUUUAGAAAAUGCAGAGCUAACUGACGAGUUCAAAGUCAAAACUCUCCUAACUGCUGUUAAACUUAUUUCGGAUUUCAAGGAUCAGUGGAAGGAUAUAGAGUCAGUUUAUUACAUAUUUGAGCAAAUUACAAAGCUAUUGAAGAUAAAUUUUAUGAGCAAGUAUCCUCCUCUAGUGAGGAAAAAUAUUAAGACAAUUCGCAAAGACUUGCAUGCUUUAAAGAACAAGAAAUUGACAUUCUUGUUUCGCGAAGGAAAGAAGCCACUUCCAUUAAGGUUGUACGAUCCUCGAACGGAGCCACUGUACGAUGGGAAAAGAAGCAAGCAUUCAACUUCGAGGAAGGCUGAGAGGGAGAGGUUGCAACGUAAGUACAAGAAAGAAUUGAAGGGUGCAACGAGGGAGAUAAGAAGAGACACUGCUUUCUUAUCGAAAGUACAGAUUAAAGAAAAAUUAAAAGAGGAUAUGAAGCGCAAAGAGAAGGUCAAAGAAAUCUUUGGGGACGCAGCGCAACAGCAGGCUGAACUGAAAAACCUUAAAAGAAAGAAAUAGGGACGUGUCGAGUCUGUUUUGUAAUAUACGGUACAAAUGUAUAUAACGUACACACUGUGGUGCGGCUUUGUUACAAGACUUUUAAUUUAUUAAUCAUGAGAAAAACAAGAAUGCAUGUACAAAAUAAAUAUUUUCGUAUUGUACAUAUACAAUUCCAAAACUCCGAACUAGAAAUAUAUUUCUUAAGUAAACAUUAUCUGAUACGGAAAAGGAAAUAAUCUAUAACCUAGGAAAUCGUAGUAACCACGUAAAUGCGUUAAAACAAUUUCUAAUAAACAUAAAUUUGUCCUA